AACCAGAGGGCAGGUUGGAAAAUGCCCGUCCUCCUGACGUUGUGCCUCUUGCAAGGUUCUGCUUUGACCCAUCCACACAGAAGACCCCAUCUCAGAUGCCAGUGGAAGGGCCCUCUGCCCUCCCGGCCCCACCUCUGGGCCAAGGAAACACUCGCUCCUUUCCCACCCCCAUGCCGGAUGGAGGAGACAGCCACUGCAGCUGCAAAUGCACUGAAGGGCCCGAGGCUGGUGUCUGGGGAACCUGGGGGAGCUGUCACCAUCCGGUGCCAUUACACCCCCUUGUCCAUCAACAAGCAUGUGAGGAAGUACUGGUGCCGCCUAAGCCCCGUGACGUGGAUCUGCCACACCAUCGUGUCCACCACCAACUACACUCACCUCGGCUACCGCGGCCGCGUGGCUCUAGCAGACUUCCCGCAGAGAGGCUUGUUUGUGGUGAGGCUGUCCCAGCUCUCCCCGAAUGACGUGGGGCGCUAUCGCUGUGGCAUUGGAAACACAAACAGCAUGUUCUUCUUCAGCAUGAAGCUGACCGUCUCUGCAGAUCCUUCCAGAACCAUCCCCAUGGCCACUCCAGCUGCCGGUGAGCUCGUCAUGGGAUCCUUCGGAGCAGUGUUACCAGCGGCCAGCAGACGGACCUCAGGAACGGCUCAGACUGUAGAAAGCCAGGGGACAGGAUGGGAUAGGGUUGCUCUGACUCCAGGGACCAACAGAACAACAGCGUCAGCUGAGGGAAGGCAGACUCCAGGAACAGCUGAGGGAGUGGCUCUAGGGACGGCCAGCCAGGUAGAGGGUUCUGUCUGGGCAACAGUGCCCACUCCAGAGAGUCCGGCUUCAACAACUGGAGGCGUGUCCAGUACGACAAAAGGUGUUUGGGUGUGGGACACCAGAAGCUCAGUGGCGAAUAGGGCGAGGCCCCGCCAGGAAGGGAGGGAGACAACGACAGAGGCCGAUGGGCCACCUGUAGAAACAGAGGGGGUCGGAACAGCUCCGGAUGUCACUGGGAAGGUCAUAGGGACCAGUAGGCCAUCAACUCUGGUCUCAGAAAAAUGGGUGCAGGAAAUCCUGCAAGAAGCAACAACCGUUUCUAAGCCACAUGACCUGGGCUCCAUUGAAGGAACUACCCCAGCCGCAGGUGUGUGGAUCCUGGGGCCCACCAGCAUAGAGAUGGCGUCUGAGGAGGGAGCCACCGAAGAGGACCUAGACAUGCCUGUUGGAGACAGCGAUCCCCAAGCCACACAGAGCCAGGCCCCAGCUGCUGGGUCCAUGAGGCUCUUGGGCAAGGUGUCCUCCAUGAUGAGCGUUUCUCCAGGAGAGAAUAACAUCUCUCGGAUCCUGAUUCUCGCCUCCACGGUGCUGUGCCCCCUUACACUUGUGGUUCUUGGCCUGUUGCAAAAGAAGCUCUGGAGAAACAAGAUGACUCAGGAGGCAAAAAGAACAGCAGCGGUCACCUUGAUUCAGAUGACAUAUUUCCUGGAACUGAGCCUCCAGCCAGACCAGCUGCCCCCCCACAUGGAAAGGAAUAUGCUCCGGGAUGACUGUCGUCCCCAGGCCAGUCUGACUGUCCCGGAGAUGCACCCUGGACCCCGAGAAAUGGAAGCAUAA